AUGGUUGGGAAACGCGGCAUCUUCAACAGCCAGGCUCAACCGCUGCUCAAGGCACAAAAACAUGGCGACACUAACAUCCAGAGCCACGGCACGCCGCGCCAGCGCCGAGUCGAACGCGAUCUCGAAAACGGUAACGAGUAUUACAGCUACAACAACUCGCCUCUUGCCCGCCGCCGGCCAAACAUAUGGCGCUUUCAAGAUGCAGCCCAGACGGUCAUAGACGAUAAUCGCCGUGCUCAGCUGCAGAAGGAACUGCUGCACGGCAUUGACCGCAUGGCCUUUGAGAAGUCCCGCAAGUCACAGGAAGAGAUUUCUCAAAUCAAAAAUAAGGGGGUGCGUGCGUACUACGAGGAACAGAACGAGCGCAUCAACGACUGGCUCGAGAUUGACGCCGUGGUCAUGGCUAUCGCCGACGACGUACUCGAGUCAAUGGAUCCCGACCCGGACCGUGACGGACACAUGGAGCGGCAGGGCGGCCUGCAUAAUGUGCACGGGCGCAUCAACGAGCUCCUGCCACUCGAGGUUCAGCAGAAGCGUGCCAAGGAGAAGAAGAAGGCCACCUGGGCUAUCAACAUCAACGUGCUUGCCAACAUACUUCUGGUGUUUGCCAAGAUCGUUGCCGUCUUCACAACCGGCUCCUUGUCCCUACUUGCCUCCUUGGUGGACUCGGUGCUCGAUUUACUUUGCACUGUCAUCAUUUGGACGACGACCAAGGUCGUUGGGUGGCGUCUCGACUCGCUUCAGAAACGUUUCCCGGUUGGACGUCGCCGACUCGAACCUUUGGGGAUCGUGGUUUUUUCCAUAAUCAUGGUGCUGUCGUUCAUGCAAAUCCUCAAAGAGUCGGUCGAAAAGCUGUUGCCCCUGGAGGGCCACGUCGAAGACCUCGGUUCCACUGCUGUCGGCUCGAUGUUGGCCACUAUUAUCCUCAAGGGACUGAUAGGACUUGGUUGCCUGCCCAUAAAAACGACCCAAGUUCAAGCUCUAGUCCAGGACUGCAAGACCGACGUCAUCUUCAACACGAUCUCCCUGUUGUUUCCCUUCAUUGGAGCCAAGGCCCACAUUUGGUGGCUCGAUCCUGCUGGGGCCGCUAUUCUGUCUCUCUAUAUCAUAUACGACUGGGGUAAGACGUGUUUUGAAAACAUUAUUCGCCUGUCGGGUGAAAUUGCCGACCGCCACACAUACCAAAAGCUCAUGUAUAUGGCAUACCGCUUCUCGCCUGUGGUCAUUGGCGUCAAGAAUAUUGUUGCGUAUCACUGCGGUGAUGGAGUCUGGGCAGAGUUCGACUUGCUGCUAGACGAGAACACGAGUCUGCGCAGGAGUCACGACAUCGCGGAAACGUUGCAAUACUGCGCCGAGGGCCUAGAGGAGAUCGAUAGAUGCUUUGUAACCACCGACUAUUCCUCUUCUGGUCCUGCCGGGCACGGACAUGCCAUUGAGUCUAGCUAG